UUGCUGAGGGCGGUGGGUGACUUUCCUGCUUACCAUCUCCAGAGCAGGAGCGAAAGCAAAGCAAUGACGGCGGCAGGGUGCGCGCUGUCCCUGUUGAAGCAAUGCCUGAUCAGGCGGAAUGGUCAACAGGAGCAGUACGGAGUGGCUGCCUCCUGCCUGCGGGAGCUGCAGAGCAAGGCUUGCAACCUCCUGGCGAUUGACAAGGGCUUAGAUUCCAUUACCUUGGUGUUGGCCGAGGAUGGCACUAUUGUGGACGACGAGGACUAUUUCUUGUGUCUGCCACCCAACACCAAGUUUGUGGUGUUGGCAAAGGAUGAGAAAUGGGCCAGCAGCAGUAUAGAUGGCGGCACGGCUUGGCUCGAGAGAGAGACCACCGAGAUCGACGGAGUGGACAGUGAGGGAGAGCGAUGGAGACACCUAGCCAGGCAACUGAAGGCUGACCUUUCCACCAUUAUCUUGAUGUCAGAGGAAGACCUCCAGGUGCUCAUCGAUGUGCCGUGCUCAGAACUGGCUCAGGAGCUUGCUGAGAGCCAGCCCAAAAUCCAAACUCUGCAAGACACCCUUCAGCAGGUGCUGGACAGGCGGGAGGAGGAGCGCCAAUCUCGGCAGCUUCUGGAACUCUACCUGCAGACGUUGAAAAAGGAGGACCAUGUUGUACCCACUACGGCUGAAGGGGAAGAAACCGCCACGGACGGAAAGGAUACAGUUGAUCUUGGGAGUAGCAGUGGAGGAUCUGCUCCCUCAGCUCCGCUUAGCAGCCACAUUUUGGCCCAACUCAGGGAAAAACCUGCUCCGGAACUGAGCCUGGCCAGUCAAGACUUGGAGCUGGUUUUCCAAGAUGACCCAGACUCCCUUGCUCUGGCUCUGAACUGGGACAAGCCAAAGACAGAGGCUUUGCAGGUGGCCUGCAGAGGAGAGCUUUCCCGGCGUCUGCAGCAGGUGCAGGCUCUGCACACUCUGAGGAGCGUCUCGAAGGGCAAAAAGAAGUUGCUGUGGGGGGAGUGGUUGAGCUCCAAGCGCAAGAAAUAGGAGGCCUUGGCAGCUGAGGCUUGAAGUGGCGAGGAAGUAGAGGCUCGUUCCGAGAAGAGCCCGGGUGGCUUUCUGUGCUUGGACUUUGUGCCUUGAUAAGCUAACAAUGGAGAAUGUCAGUGCAGCUCUUAAACCCAAAGUGUCAUUCAACCGAGUCAGCAGUACCUCGUGUAGCCAAAGGGCGUCUGUCAUCCCACAGGGCUCCAGUUCUUGAAGCACAGGGGUGGAAAUGCUACUUUGCCUUUCUUCCUGAAGAUUAUUUGGCACAAGCCUGGAAGGACCUGUCCGAACAAUCUCUGGAGAGUAUUAUUAAAAAAAAAUUGCUGUUU